AUGAUUUCUCUUCUAUCAAACGCCAUAUUCCUAGCCACAACCGUCUCCGCCCAUGGCUACGUCCAAUACAUCACCGCCAAUGGCGUCAAAUCCCUAGGCUACGACCCAGGAUUCCGCUAUCAAUCACCCGCUCCCCUCGUAGCAGGCUGGUUCGCCGACAACCCAGACAUCGGUUUCGUCCCCCCAAUAAACUACACCUCCCCCGACAUAAUCUGCCACAAGUCCUCCACGCCCGGCCAAAAAUACGUCACCGUCACCGCCGGCUCCACCAUCCAACUCCAAUGGAACCCAGCGCCCUGGCCCGAAAGCCACGUCGGUCCCAUCAUUGACUACCUCGCUCCAUGUCCCUCAGGCUCCUGCACCAACGUCGCCAAAGCCGAUCUCAAAUUCGUCAAGCUCGCGCAGCAAGCGCUCAAAGCGGGCGUCACGUCCUCCACGGACUGGCUGAAAGCCUGGGUCGUGGAUGAUUUCAUCAAAGGGGGAAGUGUCUGGAACGUUACGAUCCCGAAGGAUAUCAAGAAGGGCGUGUAUGUCCUACGCCAUGAGAUUAUAGCGCUUCAUAGCGCGUAUUCGGUGGAUGGUGCGCAGAAUUAUCCGCAGUGUGUUAACUUGAAUGUUACGGGGGGUGGCACCAGGGAGGUUACGGGUGGGAAGAGCGCGAUGCAGUUUUAUGGGAGGGAGGAUGCGGGGGUGGUGUUUAAUGUUUAUGGUGGGGCGACGACGUAUCCGUUUCCGGGACCGGCGUUGUGGAAGUGA